AACGUGACAAUAGAUUAUUAAUUAAUUAUACAUUUAAUUACAAAACUAGAAAACGACUACAAAAUGCCCGCGGAAUCAGUUGCGACCAACCAUUUGGGUGCCGGUGACGGCUGUGAGAUGCCUCAGUGGGAGAUGAACGACGAUAUUGUCAUCAGUGGUAUCGCCGGACGGUAUCCCGAGUCGGAUAACAUCGACGAAUUGCGAGACAAUCUGUACAAUAAUGUCGAUAUGAUUAGCGAAGACGAGCGCCGGUGGCCGCUCGGGCUGUACGGACUGCCCACCAGAAGCGGCAAAAUAAAGGAUUUGAGCAAAUUUGACGCCCAGUUCUUCGGUGUGCACGGAAAACAGGCUAACCUUAUGGACCCUCAGGCGAGACUCCUCCUCGAACUCACCCACGAAGCCAUGGUUGACGCCGGAAUCAAUCCGCAGACCCUUCGCGGCACCCGAACCGGCGUUUACAUCGGCGCCUGUGUCUCGGAAGUCGAGGAAGGCUUAGCUAUGGAUAUAUCGAAAGUGUCGGGAUAUGCGCUCACGGGUUGCAGUCGAUCCAUGUUCGCCAACCGUAUCUCCUAUACCUUCGACCUCCAGGGGCCCUCCUAUUCGAUGGACACGGCCUGCUCUUCUAGCGCGCUGGCCAUCAGUCAGGCGCUGCUCGGCCUGAGAACCGGUCAGUGCGACGCCGCCGUCGUGGGCGGUGUGAACAUAUGCCUCCGCCCGGUGUCGGCCCUCCAGUUCCACAAACUGAAUAUGUUGGCGAUGGACGGCAAGUGUAAGUUCUUGGACGAGAGCGCCAACGGAUACGUUCGCGCGGAGACCUGUUCCGUCAUCUUCUUGCAGAAGAAAGCGGACGCCAAACGCAUUUACGCCACUGUUUUGCACGCGAAGACCAACACCGACGGCUAUAAGGAUGAGGGCAUUACCUACCCGUCCUCCUACUCGCAGGCGGCGCUUAUGUUGCAGACGAUCAAAGAGGCGAAAGUGAAUCCCAAUGAGAUUAGAUAUAUCGAAGCGCACGGCACCGGCACCGGUGUGGGCGACCCGUCCGAGUCGCGAGCCAUCGCCGACGUCUUCUGCAAAGACCGUAAGGAACCGCUGCUUAUCGGAGGCGUGAAGUCGUGUUUAGGACACUCGGAGCCCGCGUCGGGACUCAACUCUGUGGCCAAAGUGUUGCUGACCUUCGAGAACAAAUGCAUUCCAGCGAAUCUGAACUUCAAUAAACCCAAUCCCAACAUUCCGGCCCUAAUGAACGGCUCACUGAAACCCAUAUUAGAGAACACGCCGUUUGUGGACAGUAUAGUUCCCGUCAACUCGUUUGGUUUCGGUGGAGUCAACGUUCAUAUUCUGCUGAAACCCCACAACAAAGAGAUGACUGAAGAGAACUACAAGAUUAUCGAAAACAUUCCGCGAGUUAUUCCCAUUUGCGGCCGAACUGAGGAAAGUGUGAACAAUAUCUUCGACUUUUUGGAGCAAAACCCCAAGAAGUUGACCCGCGAUUUGUUGGCCCUCUUGUACGACAUCUCGCAGACGACAGAGUCUUCGGGACUGAAUUAUCGCGGAUUUCUUUUGGCCAAAAACAACGAGGAAGAGAAGGCCCUCUCAUUCACGCGGGAAGUGACUCGCGUUCAGGAGAAGAGACCCGUUUGGUUCGUCUUCUCAGGAAUGGGCAGUCAGUGGACGGCAAUGGCGAAGGGAAUGAUGAGUUUGGAUGUCUUCAACAAAUCCAUCCAACGAUCGGCACAAACUCUGAAACCAUUGGGCGUGGAUUUGCUGCACCUGUUGCUCAGCGACGACGAGCAGGCGCUCGAGACAACUGUCGCCCCAUUCGUGGCCAUCGCCGCCGUGCAGAUAGCGCUCGUGGACUUCCUCCGGGAGAUGGACAUCGAGCCGGACGGCAUUGUCGGCCAUUCGGUGGGUGAGUUGGGCUGCGCUUACGGCGACGGUGUGUUCAACGCCGAGCAGAUGCUGUUAGCGGCCUAUUGGAGAGGAAAGUGCGUCGAAGACGCCAAACUGCCGCGCGGUCUGAUGGCAGCCGUGGGCCUGACCUGGGAAGAGGCCAAACGCCGGUGCCCUAAGGGAGUGGUUCCCGCGUGUCAUAACUCGGAGGAUUCGGUGACCAUAUCGGGCGCAUACGACGAGACCCUCAAGUUUCUGGAGGAACUGAGAGCCGAAAACGUCUUCGCCCGCGAAGUGAAGAGCUCUGGCGUGUCGUUCCACAGCUACUUCAUGGAGGCGAUCGCGCCGUCACUUCUCGCGAAACUCAAACAAGUCAUCCCUAACCCUAAGCCCAGAAGCCAACGAUGGGUCAGUUCGUCUGUACCGGAGGCCCGAUGGGGCGAAGAGUUGGCCAAAUACUCGGCGCCGGCCUAUUACGUGAACAACUUGACAUCACCCGUACUGUUCCAGGAGGCCAUCCAACACGUGCCCAAGAACUCAAUCAUUAUUGAAAUAGCGCCGCACUGUCUCCUCCAGGCGAUCCUGAAGCGAUCACUCGGCUCCGAAAUCUCAUACGUGGGUCUCAUGAAGCGAAACAACAACGCCUCGAACCUGGAUAUGGCGCUGUCGGCCAUCGGAAAGCUGUAUGAGUUGGGACUGAACCCCCGCAUCGACAAACUCUACCCGAAGGUGACGUAUCCGGUGGCGCGCGGCACCCAAUCCAUCAGUCCGUUGGUGCGUUGGGAUCACUCACAGAACUGGUUGGUCACACUCUACCCGGAGUUCUUCAACCCCAGCAGCUCUUCGGAUUACACCGUGAAAGUGGAUCUCCAGGAGAAGAACGACGAGUACUACGCGGGCCAUUGCAUCGACGGCCGCAUACUGUUCCCGGCGACCGGGUAUCUGAUGCUCGCGUGGCAGAUGUUGGCCAAAAUGAAGGGCCUCUUCUACGACAAGAUGCCCGUCGAGUUCGAGAACGUGACUCUUCACAGGGCGACUAUACUCCAAAAACAGGGUCAGACAAAGUUCGUCAUCCGUAUGAUGGAGACGAGCGGCGAGUUCUCUGUGAGCGAAGGCGGAACCAUCGCCGUCACCGGCAGGAUCUUCGUGCCCGACGACGUGGACCUCGGACUGCAGCACCUGCUGACCGACGGCUCCGUUCCCAUUGAGAACCCGUUGAAGUUGGAGCCGAAGGACAUCUACAAAGAGCUCCGAAUCCGAGGCUACGAUUACGGGCCGACAUUCCAGGGCCUCACCGAAGCGACGGCCGACGGACGCAACGGUAAGAUUAAAUACACGGGAAGUUGGGUGGCCUUCGCCGACGCUAUGCUUCAGUUGGGAAUUCUGGGCAAAUCGACGCGCGGUCUCUACCUCCCGGUGCGCUUCCAAUCCAUUCGAUGCGAUCCCACGGUGUUUAACGAAGCCGUCGAAGCGGCCGGCAGUGAGCCUCAGUUGGACAUCGUCUGCGACCCGCGAAUCAACGUCUGUGUGGCGAAGGGACUGGAAAUCCGUGGCCUUAAAGUGAAUUUAGCGCCGCGACGACAAGGCGCUCAGACCCCGUCCCUCGAGAAGUACCGAUUCGUGUCCUACACGGACGAGAAGACUUUGGACGAACCCGAGGCACAGGAGCUCAGAGAGUACAUCGAUGUCUGCUCUUCGUUGGCGCGCAAAGUGUUGGAAGCGUCCGGAAAAACUUCGGCACAAAUCAAAGAGGUGUUGAAUGACUUCACAGAAGCCAAGGAUAGUGUAGUCAAAGACUAUUUGGUGGCUCCUCAAGAGGAACAUGCAUUGCUCCGAGUCUUAAAAGACUUGAUUACAGUCGACAAGAAAGUGAGUCUUAAAGAGAACGUCAAACGAGUUCUCAGCCAAUAUGGGGAUCAGCUCUCGAAGGACGUGAUCGCCAACGUCUCCACGAGACAGACAUUCCUUCGCCCGGCGCUGGAUGUGGUGAUUGAGAACCUCUCGUCACUCAAACUCAACAUUCUUGAGGUCAACUCCAGCCCUCUUAUACUUCACGAACAAAUCAACGCUUUGAUCAACGCUUCCGGUUAUACCCUGGGAGUCAACUAUACAUUAGCUCAUCCGUCGCCCGCCGACCUGACCGUCGACUUGGGUGAGACCAGAAUCGCGGAGUGGAAUGUCGCCAAAUCUAACGUCCCGUUGGAGGCCUCAACCAUCGACUUAGUCGUCUACAAAGACAUCUACUCGUCGGCCAACACGUCCAACGGCGUCAACAUCGAGGCGUUGACCGAAUCGCUGUAUUCGGUGACCAAAGACAACGGCUUUGUGAUCGCGUUAUUGCGCUCUCACUUCACGCCCGCCGAGCGAUUUGUCUACAAAGUGGGUGAUCUCAAUGUCCCCAACACUAAGGCCUCCGAAUUCAUCGCGAAGGCCGAGAAGGUUGGCUUCUCUGUGGUCAGCAAUCAGACCGAUUCGCUCACCUCUUCGGUGGUUUUGCUGCGAAAAGUGGUGACAAAACAGGCCUCCACUCAGAGUAUCAUAAAUGUGACGAAUUCUAAGUACGACUCGUGGGUCGAGACCCUGAAGACCAAAAUCCUGGAGCAUCAGAGCAAACAGAGCGGCGAAAACGUGUGGCUCGUGGCCAACGACACGGUCGCCAACGGUGUGGUCGGUCUCGUGAAGUGUCUGCGUCAGGAGCCGGGAGGCGAUAAGAUUAGGUGUAUAUUCAACGCCAGCAAAUCGGCCAAAGCCAGGGCCGCCUUACCUCCCGUGGCGUUCGACAAAUCAUUCUAUUCGGAUGUCCUUAAGAAGGAUCUCGUGAUGAAUGUCUUCAGAGACGGAAAGAUCGGUUCGUUCAGACAUUUCGAUUUGGGUGACGACCGCCAGAACGAGUCCAUUGACACCGAACACGCCUACCUCAAUGUGACCACAAGAGGCGAUCUGUCGAGUCUGCGCUGGUAUGAGGCGCAGCACAAGUACUGGCCGUCGCUUCCCAGCGCCCACAAGAACCCCAACGAAGUGCUCUGCAGUGUAUACUACGCGCCGUUGAACUUCCGCGACAUUAUGCUGGCGACCGGCAAACUGCCUCCCGAUGCCCUGCCCGGCGAUAUGGCUCUCCAGGACUGCAUUCUCGGUCUGGAGUUCUCCGGUCGCGACCAGACUGGCAAACGAGUGAUGGGAAUGGUAGCCGCCAAGGGAUUGGCCACUACUAUCGUUGUGGACGACCCCGAGUUCCUCUGGAAAAUCCCCGACAACUGGACGAUGGAGGAGGCGAGUACUGUACCCGUGGUCUAUAGCACUGCCUAUUACGCGCUGGUAGUCCGCGGAGGCCUCGAGAAGGGCGAGAGUGUACUCAUCCACUCUGGAAGUGGUGGUGUGGGACAGGCGGCCAUCUCUAUCGCAUUGAGUAUGGGUUGUGAGGUCUACACGACUGUCGGCAGCGACGAGAAGAAGGAGUACCUGAAGAAAGAAUUCCCGCAAUUGACUGACAAAAACUUUGCCAACUCUCGAGACACCAGUUUUGAACAACACGUCCUCAGACAGACGGCCGGCCGUGGAGUAGAUCUCGUACUCAACUCCCUGUCCGAAGAGAAACUACAGGCGAGUGUGCGAUGUCUCGCACAACACGGAAGGUUCCUAGAGAUCGGCAAAUAUGACUUAUCGCAGAACAACCCAUUGGGAAUGUCUGCUUUCCUGAAGAACAUUGCAUUCCACGGCAUUCUGUUGGACGCCCUCUUCGGCCCGUCGUCCUCUCAUUCGCCCGGAAUUAAGGGCCAGAAGCUUGAGGUCGCGAAUCUGGUCAUGAAUGGUAUCAAAACCGGUGCCGUCAGACCCCUCAAGAGAACCAUUUUCUCCAAAACUCAAGCCGAAGAGGCAUUCCGUUUCAUGGCUUCCGGCAAACACGUCGGGAAAGUCAUACUUAAGAUCAGAGACGAGGAAUCCGAGAAAGUGGUGGCGCCCAAGAAAUUGGUGGUCAACGCUCUGCCCCGUACGGCACUGCACCCGCUUAAGUCAUACAUCGUUACGGGAGGUUUGGGUGGCUUUGGACUCGAACUGUCCCACUGGUUGGUCGAGAGGGGCGCCCGAAAACUGGUGCUCACCUCAAGAAGCGGUCCGCGGGAUGCCUACCAACACCUGUGCAUCAAACGUCUUCGCUCUUUCGGGGUCCACGUCAUCGUCUCGAAGGCCGACGCGGCGACCGUUGAGGGCGCGACCCAACUCGUGAAGGAAGCCCUGUCUUUGGGACCCGUCGGAGGGAUCUUCAACCUGGCGAUGGUCUUAAGCGACGCCUUCAUUGACAAACAGAGCGCCGAGUCCUUCAAGACUGUGUGCGGUCCUAAAGUGGACGGUACCGUCAAUCUGGACGCCGUGAGCCGACAAAUGUGUCCGCAAUUGGAUUACUUCGUCGCCUUCUCGUCGGUCAGUUGCGGCAGAGGUAACGCCGGACAAAGCAAUUAUGGUUUCGCCAACUCUUCGAUGGAAAGAGUGUGUGAAUUGAGACGAAGCGAUGGAUUGCACGGUCUGGCCGUUCAGUGGGGAGCCAUCGGAGACGUCGGCGUUGUAUCCGAGAAUAUGGGCGGAAACGAUGUGGUGAUUGGCGGCACUCUUCCGCAGCGGAUGCCAUCGUGUCUCUCAGUAUUGGACCGAUUCCUUCAGUCCGAAGAGAGCGUGUGUUGCAGUCUCGUGAGGGCUGUGCGACAGACGGACACAUCCGGCGGCAAAAAGGCUGACUUAGUGAAGACGAUCGCCAAUAUUCUCGGUAUUAAAGAUCCCGCGAGUCUGAGCCCAACCACCACUUUGGCUGAGAUGGGAAUGGAUUCACUUAUGGGCGUCGAAGUGAAGCAGACAUUAGAGCGCGACUACGAUGUGAUCCUUUCGAUGCAAGAGUUGCGAUCACUGAAUGUCGGACACCUCCAGGAGAUUGGCGGACAGGGAGGCGCAGCGGGUGCCGCUCGUACCGGAUCUACCGAAGCGCCCCUUCAGCUCAAUAUCUCUAUCCCUCGCAUCGGUUUGCCCGACGAGACGGUCGUCCGACUGAACGACGUGAGUGAAGGCAAACCCGUCUUCUUCCUGCCGCCGCUCGAAGGCGUCUUCAAUCUGCUGGAAGUGUUGGCCAAACAAAUCAAACGCCCGGUCAUUGGCCUCAAUUGGACGCUCGCCUUCAAGGACAUGACGACCAUUGAGGAGGCGUCCGCCCAUUACAUCGAAACCGCCAAACGUCUCAAUCCGGACAACCACUUCGAUCUGAUCGGCUAUUCGUUCGGUUCUGUGCUCUCAUUCGAGAUGAGUCUUCAACUGCAGCCCAAGUCUAACGUGAAUCUCAUUCUCCUGGACGGCUCGCCCACUCAGCUGAUGGUCAGCACCGAGCAGUUCCGCGAGAAAUAUCAGGCGAACGACGAGAAGGUACAGCACGUGGAGGCGUUGGUGACGUUCCUCAUGCAGUUCGUGCCCAUCAACUACCAGAAGAUCAAAGCCGAGCUCCUGGCGAUCGGCGAGCAGGACCUCCGGGUCCAGAGGGCGGCCGAGAUAUUCGUGGAGUCCGGCGGACCCAAGAGCGACCCCAAAGACAUUGCGUUGGCCGCCGAGGCCUUCUUCAGGAAAGUGAAAAUGAUGCACAGCUACCGGUUCCACAAGAAGUUUGAUGGCAACGCUCUGCUGAUCCGGGCCGAGGAGUUCAUCGUCAAGAACAACGACGUCCAACUGCCCCACGACUACGGCGUCUCAGAUUCGAUUACCGGCAAAUGCGAGACUCACGUGAUGUCCGGAAACCACAAAACCUUUUUGCUGAACAACUUGGAGAAAGUGGUCGGACCCUUAGGUUUCCUAUACGGUGGCGAUGAGACAGCGCCCGGAAAUGUGGACUUUUAUGACCAGUUAUUAGCGCUUAAAUGGGUGAGAGAUAACAUCCAUGCAUUUGGUGGGGAUAGGGAUGAGAUCACUAUAUUUGGUCAGAGCGCCGGCAGUUGGUCCGUAUCGGCGCACAUAUUAUCUCCUCUAUCAAAGGGUCUGUUUAAGAGGGCUAUUAUGGAGAGCAGGGCCCUUAUGUUCAAUAAGGACAGACCGGCGCUCAGUACUGUUGUUAGUUGUCAUCCUCGCUGA